ACGUUAGUGCAUACGAAGAAAAUGUUGACUGUCAGAAGUUUUAUCCUAAUCGGUGCCAUCUUCGUAUCCUGUGCCAACGGUAGGCCCGCAGAUGGAGAUGCCCAGGCGCAAACUAUCAAAUUUAACAAUGAUUUAAGGUUGGACGGAUAUAAUUUUGAUUUCGAAACGAGCAAUGGUAUUAAAAGAACAGAAAAUGGUGUUCUAAAACCAGGAACUGACAAAGAAAACGACCAACUUCUCAACGUAGAUGGCGAUUUUUCCUUCAACCUUCUUGAUGGAACUCCGAUGAGCGUCAAGUUUGUGGCUACGGAAAAUGGCUACAGACCCACAGUUGUUAUUGGCCAGCCUAAAUCUGGACGUCGAUAAAAGAGAAAAAUUACGGUUGCGAUAUAAUUUUUAGACUAAAAAAAAAAAAAGAUUUAUUACGUAAAAAUUUCAUGACAAAAUUUUUUUAUUAAUAAUAUUACUUUAGUUAAAUUUGUUUUUUUUUGUAAAAUAUAUUUUAAAAAUUUAAAUCGCAAUCUUAAUUGUCUUUAUACGAAUUUAAUGUACAUAAUUUUUAUUUUUAACACUGCUUGCAAUAAAAAAGUUUUAACAAAUUCUGUUAAUUUUUUAUAUUUAUUUUUAUAUUAUUUUAACUUGUUUUUACGCAUUACCAUUACAAAACUCUUCUGCCAAACACAGAAUCCCCAGAUAUUUGAGUUGACUCCAUGAAGAUUUAAUCUAAAUUAUCUUAAUCCGAAAAUACUUCAUAGUGGACUGAAUAAGGGGCAAAAAGGUUUCAAUUUUUUUUUUGAGGUACAACCACAUGUGGUCAUUACAAAAUAAUAGUCUAGGUCCCUGGCCAUCUGAAAUCGGCAAUUACAAUAUUUUUUAAUACGGGCAACACUUUUUAUUGCGAAAUUUGUCAAAAAUCUGUCAAAAUUAUGUUUUAUUACUUUUUCACACAUACCUCGCGAUAUCUUCGGAACUAAACAAGAUAUUUUCAACAUUUUUUUUUUUAAUCGGCAGAAGAAACGUAUAAUCGGAGAUUACUGCGUUAGUUUCAUUAGUAUAGAGAACCUAGUUUUUUUUGUAAAACUAGACAAAACUUUAAUCUUUACUUUUUUGCAGUACUAUUUUCAGUAAACGAGAAACUUUUUUAUUUUUUAAAAUUUCACUAAACUAUCUGCGUACCAAAUAAAGCUAAAGCUUCAAGAAAGUUUUUAAAACAAGAAUUGUUAUUAUAAGUAUCAUAGUUUUUGAACAAUAAAUACGCAAACUUGAAAGUUUCUGCAGCGUUUAAUUAUUGGGCUUUCUAACGAGAAGACAUCUCUUCGCGUCCCGGAUACGAGAGGGAAGAAAACAUGGGGCAAAAAGAAUUA